AGUGCAUGUGUUUAAUUGCUACAAUUAGCUAUAUUACAAGUGGUACUUUUCUAUGUUUUAACCACUGUAGCUCAAUCGGAUUCCAGCCAUGUUGGCACUUUUGUUGUUUUUCUGGAUUCCUCUCGUAAUCGUGGCAGGAGAUGAGACACCCAAAGAAAAAAACAACCAAAAAUGGGACAGAAAAACUCGCAUCGACGAAAACACCAAGUAUGAAGACCACCCUGUUGACUUGAGAAUGCUCAUAGACCGAAUCGAUGCAGGAGAUUUGAAGUAUAGAAACAAGCAACUCACCCCGCAGGCAAGAUGCAGAGGGCUGAUCACUGUAAACCGCAACAUUGUACCACUAUUGAUUGCGUACAACAUGGGCAAAACAUUCAAGAUCCACGGUAAAAACGACGAGGUGGCCGAAGUGAAGGUACAAACCGGAUUAUAUGUGUCCAGGAUCAACUCUAUCUGGCGGCAAAACUUUAGAUGUAUGACUGGUAACUCUCUGACAUUGCUGAAUUCCGCUAAACCUAGACCUGUUGUGCCGUUGUUUUACAAAUAGUUUGAAUUUGGAAUAGCGGAUGUGUAUGAAGUUUGAAAUAAAAUAUUGUACGAGUGUU